AUAAAAAAAAGGUUUAUUGUGCAAUUUAAUUUUUUUGGAUCUUUAGCUUGGUAAAUAUUAUUUCACAAAAGAGAGAUAAAAACAAAAAAAAAAUAGUGUUAAUUGGUGAUAAUUAGGCUCAAAAGAAAGCCAUAACAAGAUAUUAUUGUCUUAAAUUACACAAAAAAAAAAGCAAAGAGAGGCAAAAGAUAUCAGUGAAAAAAAAGUAAAGAAGAUAAGAAAACAUAAUGGUACUUAUGGCGCUCGGUUUAGUAGACACUGUGACGAGUGAAACAUCACCUACAAAUCAGUCAAGUACAGAAACAAAUCCAUAUAAAAUAACCAACAAUGAUGUACUCAACACCGGAUCAAAUAACCUUCCAUCGACAUAUGUGAUGAAGGUUUUUGGAAACUUUGUAGCAUCUCAAUGCGAAUCUUCAUAUUCACUUCAACCGCUUUAUUAUCAUAUAGGCUGUGCAUUCUUUUUAUUAGCAUUUUUGGCACCGAGCUAUCGUUAUGGUCCCGCACUUUAUAUGAGAUGUACGUUAAUAUUCGGCUGUAUACUCUUCCUUAUGUGGUCAUAUCUGGUCGAAUGUCGACCUGACGUACUCAUAUGGACUAUACUCUUUUUAUUCGUAAACCUUAUUCAUAUGGCGAUAUUAAUCUGUAAACUGAGACCGGUUAAAUUUGAGAAAGAGAUUGAGGAGGUAUAUGUUGCGCUCUUCAAGCCCCUUCGUGUGUCACGUCGUCGAUUCAAAAAAAUUUUAACAUGCUUGAAGACCGUGCGAAAAUUCAAGAGUCAGGAAAUUUAUGUACAAGAGAAGAUAUCGAAAGUCGAUAGUUUAAGCUUAGUUUUAUCAGGAAAAUUCGUCGUCUCACAAAACCAAAAAGCACUUCACAUUGUGUUUCCAAAUCAGUUCCUUGAUUCGCCAGAGUAUUUUGGAGUUAGUACAGAUGACUAUUUUAACGUAUCAAUAACAUGCAUUGAGGAUGCACGGGUACUACAAUGGCAUCGAGAUAAACUCAAAUUAUCAAUUGAUGAAUAUCUUAAAACGAUGUUUGAUCAUAUUCUUGCAAAAGAUGUAGUGAAAAAGCUCAUGCAGGUAUCACAGGUCAGUGAAACAAUGGCACAAAGUAAUGGCUAUAUUACAACAAAUUGCGUUUAUGAUGAGGAGGAUAAGCCGAUGUUAUUAAUGAAAAAGUCAAUUGAUAGUCAGGGAAACGGUCUUACAGCUUUAAUAAAUAAGCAACUGCAAGCUGAUAAUCUCGAGCAUGUUCCACUGCUAGUCACGCCAUCAUCACAAUAUAAACAAAAUGCAUCAAAUUUUAUUAAGAACAAUAAAGUGACAAAUGGAAAUGGUUUUGUUGAUAAUAAUAGCGAGCAGCAACAACAUCAGCGAAAUCACAUUCGUCAAUCCCAAAUAUCACCAGUUUUAUUAUCCAGCAACACAUCAGCUCAAGUCAUGAGAUCACGAUUGAAUCAAUACAGAACUAAUAAUGUCAUUGUCAAUUUCGAUGAAAAUGGAACUGAAACGACUGUUGGAAGCGAAAUGAAAAGCAAAAAGAAGAAGAAAAAUUCAAAUUAUGUUGCUGAUAUUUAGGUUUCCAAAUAUGUAUUUUACGUAUA